CCCUACCGACCCGGAUGAGAAGAACCCGGAUGUCAUCCCCCACUCAGACGCAGACUCCUGGCACAUUGAAGGUGUCAACACCAUCAGCUCGUCAACCCUGGCUACGGGGUACGCCACCUUGCCCAGGACUGCCCACCUGCACAGUCACCCUGCCACCUUCCAGCAGGCGUGUGUGGGCGGCAGCAGCGCCCACUACGCCGAGCACUUCCUGCCUGGAGCUGCCGCAGCACAGCCACACCACUGCCACCAGCCACAGAUUGUCCUGUACGCAGCUUUUGACCAGGGAGCGCGGUACCCCGCGCCCCAGCAGCAGCACCACUCCUCGGCGUACCAGCACACGCUACCAGCCUCCAGUACGCCCACGCCACACCACCACCACCACCCGCACCACACGCCCGCGGGACACCCACAGGCGGCCCAGCAGCCAAUCUGGACACCUGCGACGGCGAUAGUCCGGCGGCACUCACUGAGACGCGAUCCUUACACGAGUAACCACGAGGCGACGGUGCCACUCAUUGCUAGCCAGAAGGAGA